AUGAGCAGGCGCUGCUCGCCCGCCGCUGCCUCGCUCUUGCGGGGGCUUGUCGGCCCCGCUAUUCUCUGCCUGGGUAGGAGCAUGAGCCUCUGUGGAGCACCGGCUGCCUGCGCCGCGGGGCCUGCGGACGGCAAUAGCGGCGGCGACGGCGGCGCGGGCUUCUCAGCGCGGCUGAGUCCGCCGUGGCUACGGCUGCCGGAGGUACCGGGUGCGGAGCCGCACCGAGUUAACGAGCUGCUGCUGUUACUACCGCCGCCGGUCCCGCGCGGCCUGGCCUUGCCGCAGCAUCACGUUGUCUACUUCCCAGGGGAUGUGCAGAACUAUCAUGAUGUCAUGUCUUGCCACCCAGAAAACUUUCAGUGGGAGCGCUGGAGCUUUGAAAACAUCGCGACCAUACUUGCUCGCCGGUUCCCUGGCAGCUUUAUUUGGGUUGUGAAGUGCUCCCGAAUGCACCUGCACAAAUUCAGCUGUUAUGACAACUUUGUGGCCAGCAACAUGUUUGGAGCUCCAGAGCACAGUGCUGAUUUUGGGGCAUUCAGGCAUCUCCAUGCAUUGCUAGUUAAUGCUUUCAGGCUUGCUCAGAACAUUCUGCUGUCCCAGAAAAGCAUGCAUGGUGUCAGCAAAGAGGCAAAAAUAGCUGCUUGCGAGUCACAGCCACAGUCCGUUCCUGCAACAAACGGCUGCACCUCCACAGAGAGAGAUUGUGAGUGCUCCAGUAAUUCUGCUGGGAGCUUCCCUGUGCUGGCUGCCCUGGGGGCAGCGUCAUUCACUUUGAUCGGCUUCAGCAAAGGGUGUGUGGUCUUGAACCAGCUGCUUUAUGAGCUGAAGGAAGCUAAAAGAGACAAGAAUACAGAUGCCUUCUUAAAAAUCAUAAAAGCCAUUUAUUGGCUGGAUGGUGGCCACUCGGGAGGAAGCAAUACUUGGGUUACUUACCCUGAGGUACUGAAAGAACUUGCAGAAACUGGGAUUGAAGUUCAUGCUCAUGUUACACCAUACCAAGUGUUUGACACAAUGAGGUCAUGGAUUGGAAGAGAGCAUGAGAAAUUUGUACAGAUACUUGAAGGACUUGGUGUGGAAAUAAAUGAUCAGUUACACUUUGCUGAUGAUGUCCCCUCCUUAGAAAACCACUUCAGAGUUCAUGAAGUAUUUUGAGACUGUAUCUGAAUAUUCCCUAUAAAGGCACUUUUAGCACUGGAAAUGUUGUCAUCUAGAUUGACAACUUUGAGCAGAUGCUAUCUGAAGAGAGGCUAUCUCAGUCCUGUGUUGCUAAUAGAGACUAGAUUUUUCAGUCAGUAGCUGAAGAAGGAGGAUUGGGAGCCAGUAUCUACACCACAUGUUGCCAUUUUAUUCCUGGAAAGAACUGUUUCAAAGAACUAUCCUACACAUAGUUUGUUUUUUUUUUUCUGUUAAAUGUGGAUGCUUAUUCUCAAAGUGUUGGCAGCACUUUUAGUCCU